UAGCUCUCGUAAGAGUCAGUUCAAACAGAUACCAGAGGAAUAGGGAAAACUAGUGUGUGAAGCAGUUACUUCACAUAUAAGUUUUUAUUUUCUCUAAUUGUAGAUGAGACCACCGACUCAUCUGAAUUGCCUGGAAAAUAAAGAUACAGUUGUGCUUCAGUUGUGCUGUUAAAGAUCAUGUACAUAUAUCCAAGCUCGCCCGAAUCCGAGUCAUUUUUGCAAUCCGAAGAAAGUGCAGCCAUAAAGAUACAAGCUGGUUUUCGAGGCUACCGUGUGAGGAAACAGCUUUACCGCAUAUCCAAGUCGAAUAGUUCUCGUAACAUCGGUCAACGCUUCGGAAAUCAGCAGGCAAGUGGCGGUCGACGUCAGCAACGUCAGCAGCGCUCUCACAUAUACGACAGCAUGGAAGAUAAUCAGAAACAGAUUCCUAAAGCUAAUGACGUCUCUGCCCUGUCGGAUGCUAACUCUGUCGAAGCUCGCUCUGCCAUCAAAAUUCAAGCGGGAUUUCGAGGGUUCCUAGUGCGGAAGAAGCAGAAAAUCGCAACAGAUGCAGCGGUUAAAAUACAGUCGAGCUUUCGUGGGUUCAAGGCGCGCAAGGAAACGGAAAAAUUGAAGCAAUCGUAACUUGUGGACCAUGGUCUUCUUUAUGUGUAUAACGUCAAUUCAAUUUAUUUAAUACAUGCAUUCGAGUUCUGUGUGUGGUAACAUGCAAAUACAUAUUGUACAUAGAUAGUAGCAGUAGAUUAUUGUAAUGAGAUAAACAAAAUAAAUAUAAACAUACUUG